GUCCGCUAAAAAAGAUGAGCCUGCAGUUUUCAAAACAACUUGUAUGGAAAAGAGUAGAGGAAACGUCACGCUCGUUUGAUCAGGGAAAGCGCCGAGUUCUAUUUGUUGCCGUCCUGGUACUCUUUCUUCUUGGCUGUUUAGCAACCUUCACAGUUAUUUCUUCUGAGGAGAGAAGGGAUGGAACGCCAAAAGUAUUAAAUCCACAAGAACGGGAAGAAGAUCUGAAUCUGAAAGGAUCUGACGAUGAAUUGCCUUCGGAAACCAAUCAAACAAGCCAAGAGGUUGACCAUGAAGAAGGCAAUCAGGAAACAAUGGAUAUAAAUCACGCGAAAGAAGAAAACCCAAGCACACCGAACAAAGAACAUGUGUACGAGGAAGAUUUGUUUCCUGAACCUAACUAUAACAUCCACAUAUUUUAUUAUGCUUGGUAUGGAAACCCGGAGCAUGAUGGACAGUAUGUUCAUUGGAAUCACCGAUUCCUCCCUCAUUGGAAUCCCGAUAUAGCCAGGCGUUAUAAACAAGGUUCUCACACCCCUCCUGAUGACAUUGGAUCUAAUUUCUAUCCUGCAUUAGGCCCUUACAGUUCAAAAGACCCAUCUGUAAUUACAGACCACAUGAGACAAAUGAGGACUGCUGGAGUAGGGGUGGUUGUUCUCUCGUGGUACCCCCCUGGUAAAGCAGACAAUGAAGGGAUCCCUAGUGAUAGUUUAGUACCUACACUCUUAAAUGCAGCAGAUAAGUAUAAGCUCAAAGUAACCUUACACAUUGAACCUUACAAGGAUAGGAAUGAUAAAACACUUCAUGAUGAUGUCAAAUACAUCAUUGACACCUAUGGCAAACAUAAGGCUUUCUAUAAAUACACAGUACAAGAUGGAAGAGAUUUACCCAUGUUGUAUGUAUACGACUCCUACCAUACCCCAGCAGAAUCAUGGGCACAGUUGCUGACACCUGGAGGAUCACACUCAGUACGUAACACAGAGUAUGACUGUACAUUUAUUGCUCUGAUGGUCGAAAUGAACCACAGAAAGUACAUAGACACUGCUCUUAUCCACUGGGAUCCUGAGACAGGCUAGGUUUAGUUAACAGACUAAAGGAUAUAGGAUUAUAGUGUGGCUUAAUGGUAAGCAUGUGGACACCCGAUCAAAAGUUUUGUUGUCUUGUGAAGACACCUUAACUGGUGUCUAUCCAUAAGAGGCCUAAAGGACUAAUCAACCUGUGUGGUUCUUGUAUGAAUCUGAUUGAAGGUGAUCAGUAGACAAAAUUGGGUUAAAAUUCACCAUGGCCUCUAUUCUUUUAAUUUGGACGUGGGAUCAGAAAACCAGGUCUAGUGCACAAAGUGGAGAACCUUUGGAGGGAACUUGCCAGCAACAAAACGACUUUAGCAAUGCCUGUUGCUCAAAAAUAAACUUAAUGAAUACUUACCUUCAGAUAAAAAUGUUGUUACUUUUUUAAAGCAGUGGUCUUCAUUUUUGAAACUGGCCCAAACAAGAAGAAAAUGAGUAAUACUGUGACUCAGUAACAGUGAGACCACAAGUCCAAAUACCAUAAAGCUUGAUGGGGUUAUGGCUAAGCAAUCCAGAUUUAAAAACACAGAAGAUCAAUUGGAGAUUCUACAACCCAAACCACCCACAACCAAGGAAAGGUCACACACAAUGGGCUGAACUUCAGCUAGUGUUGCCUUUAGAAGCUGGCAGGCAGUUGAAACCCACCUGCUACCACACCAUUUUGUAUGGUCUACUCUGUAAAUUGCGAUCAAUAAACUGUUAUGUGAAAAAGUGAAAACCA